AUGUUGUUUAAUAAUGCGUCACAGUCUCAGUAUGGUAUUGGAAUCAUAAAAGAUUUUCAAAAUGUUAGUAAUAUAGGUUUGAAAAUACAAAAUCGUUUUACAGAACUUGUAUCGUUAAAUAAGGGAAAAACAAAUUCAUUGUCCUGUCAACUUCUUAACAGAUUAACAAAUAAACCUGCAUCAAGAAUUAUGCAUGCUUUAGAAAACGAAGAUUACAUUUUAGCAUUUUUUGACAGAGAUUAUAGUAAGAUUAUUAAUUUUCUAGAAAAAUUUAUUUUGAUAUUACAAGAUAUUAAUGAACUGUUACAAUAUAGGUUAUCUAUAUUUUUUACAAGUUUUAUGGAAAACAAUUUAAAUACCUUUUGGAAAAUUGAACUUAUGCAUUCCAAUGAGGAUUUUAGUAAUUUUAAAAAUAUUCAUUUAUCGAACUGCUUUUUUAAAGAUCUAUAUAACUUAUUUUGUCUAGUUGAGAAUGAAAAUCACAAAUUUAAACUUUUUGAUUAUGAUCAAUACAUCGGAGCACUUUUUGGUUAUCCAUUAAUUGCCGUUUUAUUUAACUUUCAAGAAGAUAUUGAUGAA